AUGAAAUAGACUUCUCGAUUUGAUAUAAUAAAGAAUGAAUUAAUUCCAAAAAAAAAGUGGAAGGAUGAUCAAGAAAUAAGCUAAUGUGGAAUGUGCGAUAAUAAAUUUAAUGCUUUAUUUAGACGUAAGCAUCAUUGUAGAAGAUGUGGAUAUAUUUUUUGUUAAGAGUAAAUUGAUAUAACCAUGUAGUUGUUCAAACCACUUUUUAGACGGACCUCCUAAUGAAGGUGAGAAAAAAAUUCGAUUUUGCAGACGUUGUUAUGAUAAAAUUAAUUAAUUGAUUGCUGACAAAGGAUUCUUUGUAGAAAAUGAAGAUUCUACUUUAAAAGCAGCCAUGAAAAAAGAAGUAAAUUCUCAAACUAGAAAUGUUUCAAAAUAAUUUGAGAGUGUGACUACCUAUACUUCAUCAAAAAGUAUUGUUGUCAAGGGGAAUGAAGCAUAAUAAAUGUAAGAAGAGGAUGACACACUCUUAGAGAUAAAUUAAGAAAAAGAAGACAUUUCCGAAUUUUUCGAAGAGGCUGAUAUAUCCAAAGAUUAAUUAACAAUAUUAUAAGAAAAGAGUGCUAAUCAAUUGGAAAAAAUAUGUGAAUACAUAUUGUAGAAUGUUCUUUAACCAAAUAAAUCCUAUGAAAAAGUUAUUGAAUUUUGGAAAUCAAAAAUGAAAAUAUUGAUAACUUAAUGUGUGUAAGAGAUUUAAUUUCAUUCUCUUAAUACAAACCUUAUGGAUAUUAAUCAUUUCAUGAAAAUUAAAAUUAUUGAUCAUAGUGAUGAAUAAUUAACCAGUUUCUUCCCUGGAGUUAUUUUUCGUAAAAAUGUGGCUUUAAAAUAAAUGUAAUCUGAAAUUAAUAAACCAGCCAUAAUUAUUAUAAUUGGAGAUUUUGAUAUGGAUGGUACUUAAAAUUAAUUAGAAGACUAUAUAUAAAAUGAAAAAAAAAUCUUAGUUGAUUCAAUCAAUUAAAUUUAUAAAAAUUAUGAACCAAAUUUAAUAUUAGUUGAAAAAGGAGCCAAUAAGAUUGCAUUAGAUGAAUGUCUUAAGAAAAAGAUAACAGUCAUAACAAACGUUAAAAAGAAAGUUCUUAAAAGAGUUAAAUUGUGUACAAAUGCUAAAUUUAUAACUUUGUCAUCAUUGAAGUUAUGUAUUGAAAGAAAGGAAUAAAUAGUUGGUUAAUGCGAGAAAGUUUUUUUCAAGUCAUUUCCAAAAAUGGUUUCAGAAAAAGGUGAGAUGCAUAAAGAUACUACUCUAUGUUUCUUAAAAACUUAAACUUGUUAAAAAUUCGCCACAAUUACGAUCAGUGGGCCUUCUGAGGAUUUACUAUAAAAGCUAAAAUAAUGUUUUAUAGGAUGUGCUAGGUUAGGCAAACAUUAAGAUCUUGAAUCUCAUUUUAUAACUACUGAAUGUUCAAUUUUUAAAAACAAUCAACUUAAAACUAUUUCAAAUUAAGGAAAUUUCACAAACUUCUUAUUUGAAAAAGUCCCUUUAAAAGAAUUAUUUAUUAUAGAAUUAAAAUACAUAAAAAUAAAUUACGUUAUAGCUGAUGUGAGCAAUUUUAAUGACAUAAAAGAUUUUUCUAGUUUAGAAGAAUAUAAAUCAAAACAUCCUACUUAAAGGGAUAAAUUGGAAGAAUUUUCAAUGGCUAGGAUGUGCAAUAAACCAUAAGAAAAAAAGUCAGUAUUUUAUCAUGGAGAAGAUGUUUGUCUAGGCUAAUUUAUCAUUUUGAAAAUAGCUAAUAAAGACAACAAAUGCGAAUUUUGUCAUUUACCAAAAAUAGCCCAUGUUUCAUUUUAUUACUGUGGGGAUAAAUAUAUUAAAAUAAGUGUUGAUUAAAAGAAUAGAAGUGGUAGAGUUAUAUCUACCAAUGAACCACCUUAAUUAUCAAAUUAAGUUUCACAGUAGUUUUCUUAGUUGUCAAAUGAUGAUGAACCUAGAGAUAACGUUUAUACAGCAAAAGAUAUCAGUAAAAUUGUUUAGCAAUCCCAUUCAAAUUAAAAAGGGGAAAAAAAAAAGAUAAAAAUAGAAACCUAUAUUUAGUGUAGUAAAUGCGAUCUUAGUUCAAAUAUUGUUAAAUUAUCUAGUUAAAAUUUAGAUUUUUCUUUUUUUCGAUUUAUGCAAACCAUAUUGAUAACUUAACCAAACAUUUAUGAAAGACAAACUAUUUGUUAGUCCAACAAUUGUAAUCAUUAAUUAGAGAGAAUAUUCACUUACGAUGAGUCUAUGGUGAAAAUUUUAGUAGGGGAAGUAGAAGUUUUCUCUACUGUAAUAUAAAAUACUUUAAGUUAGGAAAUACUGGAUAAUUUAAAAAAAUGGGAAGAAGAUUAUAUAUAAAAUGAAAAAAAAGAACUUUAUCAAAGAAUUUUAAAUACUAAUUAUUAAUUAACUUAAUUAACUAAGCCCUUAUCCAAGAAUGAUAUAAAAGAUAAUAUAGAAAUAUAUUCUAAUGAAAAAUAUUGGUAAGAGAAGUUUUAAGAAAUGAAGUAAAUAUCUGACUUACAAAUCUUUACCAAUUAAUUAAGUAUUCAAAUUUAAGAGCUUAACGAUUAAAUAAAAGUUGAAAUGAAAAGGUUUCAAAGAAAUUCUAUGUUCCGAAGUUAAAAAGAUAUCGAUCAUCAAUCUCCUCCCUUUAAUAAAGUUCAUUUUUCAGGUUAGGAUUGUGAAAUCAAUCAUUCUGAUAGUGUAGUUGGUGAAGAUAUUGAGAAUUAGAGUGAAUAAAUUAGUGAUAUAAAAUCACCAAUGGGAGGUAAACCAAUGAAAACUCCAUCAAACAAAAUUCCUAAUAUACCAUAUUCAGUGAAGGAUUUAGACACCAAUCAUUCUUUUAUUGGAGAUAGAUAACAAAAUCCUUAAAGUCAUUUAAUAAAGGAAUGGCCACUAUGUCUAUUUUAAGAAGAAUAGAACAAGUUAAAAUUAUGUGAUAAAAAAAUAAUUCCUUUUGUGGCUAUUUUUGAAAGUCAACCAUUAUCUUCAAUAGCAUUUUCUUUGAAUCACCCAACUUAUCUUAAAGCAAUAAAUUACUUUGAAAGUAUAUUUAAUUAUUAAAAUUAGAUUUUUAAAAGGCUGAUUAGUAACAAUAAAAAUUGAUUUUAAGUAAAUUAAUGUUGAUGAAAUCUGGAUAAUAAUCAGGUAAAUGGGAAUAAGAAGAUUAAAGUCUUCCAAGUGAAUCUUUACUUACGCUAAAUGAUACUAAUGUGAAUACAACUUAAUAGUAAUCUAUUCCUUAAAAAAAAGAAAAGAACUACAUUACAAUCACAUUAUAAUAUGAUAAAGUAAAGGGUUUGAAACCUUCAAUGAGUAGAGACUAAUUUCAAGAUGAGGAUAAAUCAAUAUCUUCAUAAUAAUCAGUAGCUAGCGGUUUUGGAAAUUAGUAGUUUUAAGCUAAGAAGUCAAAAACUUAAGAAAUAUUAAUUUAUUUUCCAAAUCAAUUCGAAGCAUUAAGGGCUUCUUUUGGAAUUACAUUAAAUUUAUUUAUUAAAUCACUUAGUGUAACAGGAUCAUGGAAUGCAAGUGGUGGUAAAUCAUCUUCCAAAUUCUUCAAAUCUGACAAUGAAUUAUUUGUUGUAAAGAAAUUUGAUGAUGAAAAAGAAUUUAGAAUGUUUGAAUAAUUUGCUUUAGAUUAUUUUAGAUAAAUGCACAGACAUUUUUAUGAAUCCUAAAAACCUUCAUUACUUUGUAAAAUAUUCGGAAUGUAUGAAAUUAGAGACAAAGGUUAUCCUGAGUUUUAUUUAAUUAUGGAAAAUUUAUAUUAUGGUGUUGGUAAUCCGAAAGAUUUAUUGGUUUAUGAUUUAAAGGGAAGUGAAACAAAUAGAUGGGAAAAGAAAGUAAAUAAAGUUUUAUUAGACACUAAUUUUAUUAUAGAUAGAAAUGCAGAACCGAUUCUUAUCUAGAAUGAUUGUUAUAUUUAUAAUGAUAAAGCAUUUUAGGUAUGCUAAUUACUUGUAUUAUUAGAGCGAUUGCAAAUUUUUAUUAAGAAAAUAGAUUGUUGAUUAUUCUCUACUAUUGAUUAUCAAUAGCAAACAGAAAAAAAUAAGGAUGGGAAUCAUCGACUAUUUAAGAUUUUACACUUGGGAUAAAGAAACUGAACGGCUAUUAAAAUUUGUGCUUAAAGGAGGAAAAGUAUUAUAAUUAAAUUACUUAAGGUCCCUACAAUAAUCAAUCCACAUGAUUACAAAUAAAGGUUUUUGACUGCAGUAGGAAAAUAUUUUAUACAUGUUUGAAAAAUUAUGUUGUGUAUAUUUAUGUAGAUGU